AUGACGACGUUGUGGUCACUACUUUUUCUAUUUUUUGGAUUUUUUAGAAUUUGUUCAGGUUUGAACAAUUGUCCAAUUGCUCCAAUACGGUCGGUUAUUCAGCGAGCAGCUGAAACUACCAAAGAUGCUGUGACCCAGAUGCAAAUGAUUAGAAGAAUACUAGAAGAUAUUUAUGGUGGAACUUGGGGAGUUUUGGUUAUUCGGAAUCCGGCUCUUGUUUCAAAAGAAGUUCACUGGACAUUCCCUGACCACAACAAUUCAGAUGGGUCUCCAGCAUUUUGCCUUGCAGUGGUCAACAAAUGGCAGUACAACGUCUUCAAAACUGGUCAAGACGACUCGCCACACAGGGUGACCAUUGAAAACAUAAUACAACGAUUCUCAUCGGGAACACUUCCUAAAAUGGGAAAGCUUUCAAAUGGCAAGAACAAGGGAAAGUUCUUGGAUUUGGAUACAGUAAAACAAGUUCCACAAAGAUAUUCUAUUGCACAGUUGGAUCGAAUGUUAUCAAACGCUCUGGAUGAAAACCAUCGGGUUCGACAUAACAGAUCACCAAAACUUGUUAAUUAA